AUGUUGGACACAUCAUUGCUCGAGAUUGUCCAGCACCAACGUGAUCGAUUUCGUGCCCGGGCUGAGGAGUUGGAACAGGCGGAAGCAUCAGUUCGUCAGCAUUUGACGAGUGUUCAACGGGAACUGGAAUCGGUUCGAGCGGACAAUGUGAAGUUGUACGAAAAAAUCCGUUUUCUCCAAUCCUAUUCGAGCCCGAUUGGUGCUCGUUCGGAAUCAUUUGCGGCAGGUUCCGGGUCCGGUCUAUCCGGUAACAACCGAGUGUCCGUCCACCUGGGCUCAGAUCCGACUGUGCUGAAAUAUUCACAAGCCUACGAAGCCCACAUGGAUCCAUUCAAUCAGUUCAGUCGCCAAGAGAAGCAGCGUUUCUACCAGGUCUUGAAGCCCUAUGAGAAAGUUAUGUUGCGUCUUGGUCGAGUCAUAUUGGGCAACCGUCGCGCACGUUUCAUGGCGUUUACCUAUGCCCUAGUUAUACAUAUCCUGAUUUUCCUAGCAUUGUAUAAUGCCGCCUACUUCCAAAGAUCCGCUGAUGAAGCUGAAUCCAGCUGCAUGUUACGGUAUGCGGAGCACAUACGGGCAGCCCAUCCGGAAAUGGCCAACGAUAAAAAAUUGUGA